AUGGAUAAUUCGAUAAAAUUGGUUAUAUAUAAAGAAAGCUGGAUUUUUGAUAGCAUUAUUAUUACACCCUAUUAUGUGAUUAGAUAUGAACAAAAAAUUAAAGACAAAAAUAGCAAUCAAAAAACUGUUAACGUAAACAAAUUCCAUAAAAACAAUUUGGUAGAAGUAAAUAAAAUUUGUUUAAACAGGAAGGGAUAUAAUGCCUAUUUUGUAUCGGCGUAUGUUGUAACAUUAAUAAAAUCACAGACAUAUCGUAGAGCUGCUUUUAGCAAGUUAUUACAAUAUUUAAUGUAUCAAUUAUCAGACAAAAUAAAUAUAGAAGUGAUCUUAAUGAAACUACGUACACCUAAAAAACAAUUUUUAGAUUAUAAGUGGAAUGAGAGGAUAACACAAAUGGCAUUGGAAAGAAGAGAAGUUGAUCACGCUAUGUCUUGGUUAUCUACUUUAGGUGGAGCAUUUUCUGCUCUAGGAGAAGAAUUUCAGCAUUGUGCUGAAAUGGCUGGCAAAAUUUCUAUAAAGCAGUUCAAAUUAGCACUUCGUCUUGGAGAUCCCCUUUUGGUUGCUCGUUGUAAACUAUAUGCUGCCUUAAGUUUAAUUCAGCAAGACCAUUUAAAAACACCACAAAAAAUAGUUAAAAAUGUAUUUAAAUUUUCGAUUAAUCAUAAUGAUAUUCGUUUACAAAAGAUGUGUCGAGGUAUAUGGGCUAAACUUAAAUAUUGUUACGAAAUACGAAAAGUACGGCAUAAAAUUAAUCGAUAUUAAUUAUACAACUAUCAUAGUUUAGGAUUAGGCUAACUGAACUUCACAUUCAUGUUUGAAAAUAAAUAAUAUGUACAAAAUACUGUUUCUAAAAA